GGACAAAAAAUAGAGAACCGAYCAUUUUGAGUGUGGSCCCGAAAAUCCAUAMAACUCCAAUUGCUAAAACAUUUUCGACAGAGUACAGUGGAUGCUGGUCACGGGAAUCAAUAUUUCGAUUCGCAAAGAAGUGUUCGUUAUGCAGUCAACGCAAAAAAAGACGGAAUGUAUGUCACAUUUGGUACCGGCCACGCUGUGUGCCUGGCCAGAAUGACACAUUUGCAACUCGACGCAACGGGAGAACGUCAAAACACUGACGAAACGCAUAAUUUCCAUUCGAAACCUUUGGCCGCCCUCAUAGUAGCAGAGACAGCAUUUCCCAAAACUGUAUCACCAAUGAUCAAUUCUAACAUGGAAGACCACGGGACGGCAAUACAAGAGCGGGGAUUACCGGAAGACCUCCCCGCUGAUGCAGCGAUUGCGACGCCUACGGUCCCGGRGGCUUCCCGCGAGAUAUUGCAGGAAAGAGACGAUCAUCUCGAAAUAGAUCCUGUCGCCACAAGCGAAACCCAUCAGCCCAAUACGGAAAUAGCUUCUUUGCCGAAAGAGAAGGAUAMCAUCGAGAAACAACAGAGCAGCGCAUUUUCCAACAUUGCAGAGAACACGGCUGUCGUCGAGCAACCGAUGGAGGACAUUGGUUCCCCAAAGAAAGAGAACCACGAGCUGGAGAAUAAUAUCGGCAUACCAAUGACCAGAAUUCAAGAUAUGAAAGCUCCCCCAAAAAAUGCGAAUGAGAACGUUACUUCCUUCCAGAGAGAAAUACAGAAGCGGAAAGAAACUCUUGGCCACGCAAACAAUAACGUUCGUGAAAAGAAAGCUGUCGCCAGGCAAGGAAAUGAGGACAUCGCUACCUUGCUCAGAGAGAACCAGAAGCUAAAGGAGACUAUUAGCCAAGCAAAAAAUAAAAUUCGUGAAAAGAAAGAUAUCGCCAAGCAAGCGAAUGACGACAUCGCUACAUUGCAGAAAGAGAACCAGGAGCUGAAGGAUAAGCUUAGUUAUGCGAUAGAAAAAUGUCUUGCAAAGAAAGCUCUCGCCAAGCAACUCGAGAAACACAGGACUUGGUUUUUAGAGAAUGAAAAGGAUACUGACUACAAUGAAAAACUUCAUUCACAACUCGCCAGUACAACCGCCAAACUAAGAUUUUUGCUCCGGCAACAUGGCCACACGGAUAAGGGAGUCAAAUGUGAGGAGAAUGAUGAAGAAGGGAUUGUAUGGGGAGCAGACCAAGUCACCUAUAGUAAGCUCAAAGGAGAACUUGUCGAAGCCAAAAAUCGAAUUGCUGAGCUUUCAAAGUACAGAAUACACCAAAUCGACAGAGAAGAGGAAGCCACCAUAGAUGAAGCGACCUUCAGUCAAUUCGAGACACAAGAUUUGGAGGCAAAAAGUCACAUAUACGAGCUUUCUAAAUGUAAUUUAGACUUGAGUACAACCAAUAAGAAACUUGAGGCAGAACUUAUCGAGGCCAAAAACCGCAUUGGCACACUUUCGGAAUCCAAUUUAGAUGAAGCGACCUAUGGAAAUUCAGAGACAGAGCACUUAGAGCUAAAGAAUCAAAUUGAGAAGCUUUCUAAGUCAAAUUCAUAUACUGCUAGAGAGCUUUCAAAAGCAAACUCCCUUAUCGGUGAACUCAAAAAGCGCCUUUCAGCUGUACAGGGCGAAAAUGUGGGGAAAAAAGAAAUGGAUCUGAUGAGCGACGACGAUGAUGACGACGAAUCGGUUGAAGACAAUAAUGAUCCUUGGACAAUCAAGUUCAAGCAGCUUUGCCAAUACAGAGCAGAUCAUGGUGACUGUCUUGUGACUACGUCCAAAAAGCAGUACUCAAGCCUAGGACACUGGGUUAAUAAUCAAAGGAGAGCUUAUCAUCACCUCAAGAUAAGAAAGAAAGGGUACAAGAUGACAGUGGAAAAGAUUGAAAAACUUGACAGUAUUGGUUUCUCUUGGGUAAGCAUGCCAAGUUGAUUUUCUUUCAUCAAAACAACUCCUUUCGAUGCGUUUGCUCAAACACUCAACACUGUCCCACAUUUUUGAACUCAUGUACAACAUCCAUUAUACUCUAAUCAGGGAAGGAGAUAUGAAAACGGCCCGAUACCCUCAUUUCAGAAAAGUUUUUCAGAACUAAAAGACUACAAAGAAA